AUGGAUAUUCCAGUACAAAUAGCGAUUCGUUUAAAGCCUCCAAGCAUUGCAGAUUCACUACAAUGUAUAUUUAGUAAUCCAAGAACUCAAAUAGUAAUAACAGAAAGUGGACAGACAUUUCAUGUCAACAGAGCACUGCCAGUGGAUUGCACCCAAUCGCAUCUUUUUAGUUCAUUUAUGAUUCCUCAAAUAAAUUGUUUUUUGGAUGGAUGUGAUACUUCGGUUGUGGUUUUUGGUCAACCUAAAACAGGCAAGACUUAUACAUUAUUUGGAUCAGGAUUUGAGUGCAUACAUAGUGAAUGUGAUCAAGGAAUAAUCCCCCGCUUUCUGACUGAUAUUUUUCAUAAGCUUAGUCAAAUGCCAGAGAGGGAGUUCAUUUUGCACGUAACUUGGAUGCAAGUUGUUAAUAAUAACAUAUUUGAUGUGCUUGGAGCCGGCUUGGUUAGGUGUUGCAAUGUUGAAGAAGCUUUUCAAUACAUGCAGCUCGGCUGGCGACAAAGGUGCCCAGGGAAUAACCACACAGUAUUUACAGUAAGCAUGGAACAAAAGUGGGUGGGCACAAAUGGUGUUUUAAAUCACAGAAUGUCUACUGCUAGUUUUUGUGACCUUGCUGCCUAUCCUGAGCCCAGCCUUUUUGCAUUAGAGAAUAUUAUAAAAGAAUUAGUAGCAGGAAAUCCUCCUAAACAAAUAAACUAUGACCAGUGUAUCCUGACAGCUAUGCUAAGAGAUUCAUUCGGAGGAAGAGCUUUUACUUGGGUUAUAGGUUGUAUAAGCACAGAGCCCGAUGAUUAUCAAGAUACAUUGAAAAUAUUGAAUUUAUGUUUGUGCUGUAGGGGCAUUAAAAACUUUGUUACAGUUAAUUUGUUUGCAGACAACAACACUCCUGUAUACACAGAUAAAACUACUCUACCACCAGAUAAUAGUUUCAAUUUACAAUUUGCAACAGCACAAUGGAUAAAGUUAGUUUCCAAUGCAGAGGGGCUUUUCAAUAAAAUUUUACAAUCCAAGUCCUUAUCUGAGAGUGAUAUGAAUCAAGUUAGUGAAUGGUUAUUUUUGAAAGCAGAAUGUGAUGAGUGUUUGAAUGGAGAUAUUGGUGGUGACAAUAAAGAUGUUUCUACAAAGCAAGGCUUACCUAGAAUAGCAGAAGACACAGAACCCAGUGAACCGAGUGAAUCUGAUGUAGAAACAGAUUCUGAAGAUAGUCAUUCUGAAACAGUAUUUCAAGAUAAAGUUGAGAAAUAUAUGGAAUACUUUAGAGAAAAGAAUGAUCAGUUGUUUGCUGAAAGAUGUGAAGAAUAUUUAAACCAUAUUGAUUCUGAUGAUAUUACUUUAUCAGAAACUAGUGGCUCCCAAUCAUUGCCUAUUAUGACAUCACAGUCAAAUUCAGGCCGAAGAAGAACUAUUCAACCUGGAGAAAGCUUGUCAGGAGCAGAAUUAGAGCUACUAAGAAAGGUGGCAGCUAAAGCAAUAUCUCCUGAAUCUCAAAAAAUUAUAUUAGAAUCUCAUAAGAAAGAUGUUGAUCCUGAACCUAAACUAAUAGAAAGAGAAUUAUUAAAAAUGAUUGACUCACCAAAGACUGCUGAGAUAUGUAAAAAGUACAAAAUGACAAAAGAGAAAUAUACUCAGAAACAAAGUCUAGCCCGGAAACUUUCAAAGGAAAUAAGUAGCAGCCAGUCACAGUUGAAGGAAUUAAUUAAUCUCUGCAUAGCUAAAGAAAGGUUGAUAAAUGAUCUUACAAAAGCUGUAUGUACUAAUAAUCAAAGUAAAGUAUGCACAGAGAAAUUUGAAUCUAGAUUAAAUGAUCAAGACACUAUAAAAGAGAUAAAGAGGCAUGAAUCAAAUCUUAAAACUUAUAAGAAACAAAUUGAACAAAUCAAAAGACAAAUCAAGAAAGACGAAAAACGAAGAAAUACUUUAGAUGUAGAAUUGGUUAAGGAUAAGUUAAAGUUGGAUGAGCUUUCAGAAACUUCUGUCGAUAUUAAAGACAAAAAAUCUAAUUCAUUGAAGCAUUUCACAAAUAGGAUAACACAAUUAGAUAGCAUUUUGAAGGAAAAGACAAGUGAUCUUGCAAAUUUAGAGCUAUCCAAAGAUAAAGAGGUAAUGCUAAGAAAAGAAAUUAAAAAUUUACGCAAAACUAGGGAAUGUUUGCAUGAACAAAGAUGCAGUUUAGGGCAUAAGCGAAAAAUAUACAAAUCAUUGUCAGAUUCAGAGGAAAGAAAAAUACUUGAAUGUGAAGAAGCAAUAGAGGCAAUAGAUACUGCAAUAGAAUACAAAAAUAAUUUAAUAUGUGGAAAAUCCCCAUCGGCUUCUCUAUCUGAUUCUCAGGAUAAUAAAGAUUCCCAAAGUAAAGGAGAACAAAUGCUAAUGGCAAGGCUAGACAAGCUAUCACAUGAUGAAAUGAAGACAUUAUUGUAUAGAUAUUUUGAAAAGGUGGUGGACCUGCGGAGUGCGUGCGCGGCGCUCGAGGCGGGUGCCGCGGCGGCGGCUGCGGAGGCUUCCGCGUGGCGCGCGCGUGCCGCCGCCGCCUGGCGACACGCGCACAAAUCGCGCCCGCCGACACAUACCAGAUGUUUGGACGCUGGUUACAUGCAUGAAAGAGGUUUGUCACUAGGAUUGACAACGGAUUCCGAGACCUCUGACGACCCCGUGCGACUCGUCGAUCGUAUGAGGCAGCUUGCUCGGUACCCUCCGGGCCCAGUAAUACCUAGUCAGAAUCUGAGACAGUUGAUGCCCGCAACGAAUGUGCCGGUAGCGAAGGUCACCAAGGAAAGGAACAAGCUUGUCAUAAUUCAGCAAAACAAAAAGAACUGA